AGCACUCCUGGUCCACCUGGUCAUGGCUUCACUGCCACAGGAGUUUGCAACUUUUGUUGUAAACUAUAAUAUGUCACCUGGAACAUGGGACAUUGAAAAGACAAUAGCAAUGUGUGUCCAAGAAGAGGACAGACUCAAAGCCGCACAUGGUGGUUCAAUCAACUAUGUGAAGGAUUGGAAGAAAAAGAACUACAAUCAAAACAACAAAAGUUCUCCUUCAAAGAAUGGAAAAGCCCCCUAUCAGCAUCAGCAACAGCCUUUCUCAGUGGACAAAGACACGUGUCUCCACUGCAAGCAGAAAGGGCAUUACAAGAAAGACUGCGCUGCUUGGCUGAAGUCAGUCAUGGCAAAAAGAGGGAUUCCAUUCGACGCGAACUACGCUAAGAAGCGAAAGACGCAUUGAAGUGGCAAACGGAGUUGAAGCAGAAGUUGAAGCUGUCGGUGACAUCUCCUUGGAGUUAGCUGGCGGAUUCAAUUUUCUACUUAGAGAUGUUUUAUUUGUUCCAUCAUGUCAUAGAAACUUAAUUAGUGUUUCUUGUUUGGACAAAGAUAAUUAUGAAUGUCAUUUUGGACAUGGCAAGUGUGCCAUUUGGUAUAAUAAUGCUUAUGUGGG